AUGGAAAUUGAAAUUUUAUUAAAUGGUUUGUUUAAAUCGUGUACAAUUUUUAAUGAUUUUUCCAAUAUUUUUAAAUGUAAAGUAGUUCCAACCUCUAUAGGAGGAAAUCAACUCUGUCGUAAAUAUUAUGAGAAAUUUGAUAAAAUUUUAUUCAAUUCAGAUGAAAAAAAUAAUAUUUCACGUAAAUACAGCGAUGUAAAGCUUUUAGGUGGCAAUCUAUUUGUUGUUUUGCUCAAUCAUCAUGUUGACACAUAUUCCAAAUCAUAUUAUUAUUUGUCAAUUAUAAAAGUUUGCUUAAAAAUCCAGGAGAAGGACGAUUUUUUCAGUGUUACACCCCUGGAAUCUCACACAGUCACUGCCAGCUCACUGGAUGAGUUGGAACUAAAGUAUGAAUCUUUUAAAAAAUGCAGCGAAAAUGGCUUCGAAGAGAACUUCUUCGGGAGAAUGAAAGUAGAUUGCAAUUCUAACGAUAUAAUCGAUACAAUAAACGGUUACACACUUGAUAAUGAUUUGAAAUCGCUGGUUUGUAACGACCUGGAUGGAUUCUUGUUUGACAUAUGGUCCUCAGUGGGCACAUCUCCGUAUCACGAAUGGGCGUCGCUUAAUUCAGAAGAGGCUGACAAAUCGUAUAAGAGCCUUUACUUGACUAAUAAGGGCAUAGAGUUGACUGGGAGUGUGCUCGAAUAUCUCAGUUCUGAUGUCAUGGUUCUCCCAAAUCACCUGAAAUCUGCGAAAUUCUCACACGUGGAAGAGUAUUCAGAACUUUCAGAAUAUUCUGAUUCCGAUAGCUUGGAAGGUUCUGAGAGUGUGUUUGAUUUCAGCAGUGGAUCGUUUGCAACUUUUUUUAACAAAGUAACAGAAACGAUUAAGGAGUUCGGAGGGUUGGCAUUGCCAUAUUUAAAUGGCUCCUAUCUACAGGACGGUAGUUGGAUAAUAAACAACUCCACAGUUUGCAAUGAUUUAAGGGAUGUUGUUCUGUUGCUAAAGGGGUCCACUGCCUGGCAAAAUGAACUAGUAAACACUCCUGUUGCGUCAGAAGUAAGGGAUAAACAUGAACUGAAACUGUAUUUGUAUAAAAUUCCACACUUUGUUAAAUCGGUUCAGUUUAGGUUAUUUGUUCACGAAGCUCAGAUUUUACUGAUUUCGCAGUUAUUUUUUAACAAUGUGUACGAUUAUUUGUUGAAGGAGGAGGCCUUUUCGGAACUUUAUGAGCAAAUAGUAAAGUUUUACAACCAUAAUCUGGUGAGGCGCUUGCCUAAAGACGUUUCAAAAGUAGUUGUUGAUUUGUACAUUAUAAAUAGGACGGAUGAAAUUUAUGUUACCAAUGUGUCUCCUUGGUACCUAAACAAUGAAAACAUAUUCACUUGGGAGGAGAUUCAAGAGUAUGUGACAUCCGAAAGACCCUUUGAUCACGAUGAAUCUAUUAAAGUAACCUACUUUGGCUCUGUUGCAUUUGCUAUUCUUCUUUCAAAUAAGUUGUCAAGGCAUAAGUUGUAUAGCUUCUGCUCCGAAGACGUAGAAGAGUUUGCAAAAUUAUCCGCGUAA